UUGCCUCCAUUGAGAAAGAGAUCUUAUCCGAUUGAGGGGAGAGAAAACAGACACGCUUUAGCCCUGGAAAACCUUUCAAACUACGCGUUUACAAAGGCACAUGGAGCCAUAACGUUCGAGUUACGAAAUGUACGCUACCGGAGGAGGAUAAAAUGUCAGCUUUACCGAACGCUUGGAAUUUUUAAAGCUCCGUUAAACGAACAGGAGGAAAGGCUUUAUUAACGAGCUAACUGACGCUAGCACAUUGAAGUGGAUGAAAACUUUGAGCCUGAGAUGAUUUGCAAUUGGGAUCGAAAAAACAAAAAAAACUCGCUUUCUCUUCUUCUUUUUCCACAUCAAUACGUUUUUGGCAUCACCUCACCGUAGGUUCGGCUUCAUUUGAUCGGAGGAGCACGUGAAAUAAUUGCUUUAUUUACCGCUUGCACAAUUCCAGCAUUGAUUCUCGCAGAAAUGGGAUUAGAGAGAAGUCGCUUUGCGAGGGCAGGCCAUGAACUCAACCUCAUCAGGCAAAACACAGAGCAGGCCUGUUGACUAGAAAUAUGUUGAUAUAAACAACUCAAAUUCUGCACUUACCCAUUCUGCUGUUGGACUUCAUUGAGGUCGCAAGGUCUGGAAAGGAAGAUUUGGAUCUGCUCUUAUAUGCCAUGUUUUUUGUUGUGACGACAGUGUCAAGAAUAAGAUAAAAGAGGAUCAGUAGUGGUAUUUUCGCCUUUUUAUUAGUGGGAUUUGAGACAAGCAGACACAGAGGAGUAAGAUGUCUAGUGCAAAAGAAAACCCUUGUAGGAAAUUUCAAGCAAACAUUUUCAAUAAAAGCAAAUGUCAGAACUGCUUCAAGCCUCGGGAGCUGCAUCUGUUGACGGAUCAGGAUCUCAAUCAGGCCAAACCAAUCUAUGGGGGAUGGCUCUGUUUGGCUCCAGAGGGGACCGACUUUGACAAUCCAAUGCAGAGAUCAAGGAAAUGGCAACGGCGAUUCUUUGUCCUAUAUGAACAUGGCUGCUUGCGCUUUGCAUUGGAUGAAUCACCAAGCACAUUGCCACAAGGAACUGUCAACAUGAACCUCUGCACAGACGUAAUAGACGCUGAACCCAGGACUGGACAGAAGAACUCACUGUGCAUCAUCACCCCUGACCAGGAGUAUUACAUCCGAGGAGACAGUAAAGAGAUUAUCAAUGGAUGGAGUGAACAGCUAGUGGUUUAUCCAAGAACCAACAAGCAAAAUCAAAAGAAGAAACGCAAAGUAGAACCAGCAACCUCACAGGAGCCAGGACCUGCAAAGGUAGCAGUGACUGGCUCAGGCAUCCCUGAUGCCGAGAAGACUCCAGACACCAGUUCUAUCAUAUGGAAAGAGGAGCUGCAGAGCAGAGAGGUGGAUGUGUCCCAGUCGUGGUCCGCUACUGAAAUGGCACCGCUUGGCUCACAGCUGCCCUCUGCAGGUGAGGGAUCAAUUCUGAGUCGGUGUUCAGAUCAAAGUUCUGUAAACGGUGACGAGUUGGACCGGAGCGGGCUCUCUUUCCACUCGGCUGUUUCCCAGACCUCUCACAGCCCCCUGUCCCCCACAGGCAGCUCUUCCAGCAGGCACAGCGGGGAGCUUGGGGGCAUCCCCCGCAGCCUCUCACCUGCUCCCAGCGACCCAUUCCCAUCAGGCAGCAGUCUGCUGUCCAACGGCUCCCAUAUCAGCGGCUCUAUGAGUUCUUUGGAUUCGGAUGCCAGCGGCAACACCGUCACCAGCACCGACAGCCACCCGACCGAGGCCACUGGCCGUGUCUAUCGCGCUCUGUCCCGCCGCAGUGACGGCGAGGCCCGCAAGGCGGAAAAACGCAGUCGUUUCCGCAGUCCUGAUAGACAGGAUAAAGAUUCUUUCUUCAGCCCUGAGAGAAGCGGGCGCUCAAAUGUGAUCGAGAAGCUGGAGGCGUUGGAGCUGGAGCAUGCUGAGAGAAUGGAGGUGGAAGAGACGAGCCGCAGUGGAGUCAGACAGGGCCGAAGUGAAAUGAGACGGUUCCAGAGGGAGGUCUCUUCAUUAAUCCCAUUUAAGGAGCAGAAGCCGGAAUCGGCACAAGGUUCAGACUUCCAUCACUCAACCCUGCCACCACUGAGAAGAGCCAAGUCACUGGACCGCAGGACUACCGAAUCAGUCAUGACACCAGACUUGCUGAACUUCAAGAAAGGUUGGAUGGUAAAACUCGACGAACAAGGCCAGUGGAAGAAGUAUUGGUUUGUGCUGACUGAUCACAGUCUGCGAUACUAUAAGGAUUCUAUUGCUGAAGAGGCAUGUGAUCUUGAUGGAGAAAUUGACCUCAGUUCAUGCUAUAAUGUUACUGAGUAUCAAGCACAACGCAACUAUGGCUUUCAGAUUCACACUCAGGAGGGGGUUCAUACACUCUCUGCCAUGACGGCAGGAAUUCGACGCAACUGGAUCCAAGCAGUUAUGAAAAAUGUCCGGCCGUCCACCGCCCCAGAUGUUGCCAGCAGCCUGACGGAUGACCACAGUUCUUGCGGACCAUUUGAGAGUAGCCCUGACAUCACUCAGGAUUCCAAGGCUUCCGAGACAUCCUCCGUAGAGUGGAACAGCGGAGUCAAGAAGAGUCGGGUGAGGGAACGCAGACGUGAAGGCAGGUCCAAAACUUUUGACUGGGCUGAGUUUCGACCUAUCGCCCAGGCCCUGGCCCAGCAGAGGGCGAAUGAAGCAAACACCUUGCAGGCCGAGAUAACUAAUGAGCGCAACAAGAGGAGAGAAGAAAGGCGGAGGAGAUAUGAGAGUGUCACCGGCUCAUCUUUCGAUCCUGUUGCUGAUGGUGCAAAGAUGGACUUUGAGAGUGGGGGCGUGGUCCAGGUAGAUGAACCACCCCCUUCUGUGGAGCGGCAACAGAAAGUUGAGGAUGAGAUAGAGCAGCGCUGGCAGCAGGUGGAGAAGACGCCCAUCAGAGAGGAAAAGAGAGUUACCUUGCUCUCAUCUUUUCAGACUAGAGACACGUCAGAGCUAGAGAAGCUGGUAGAGAGCUACAAAAAAGGGGUGGAAGAGCUCAAGGCCCAGUUGGAGAGCUGCCACCAGCAACUGAUGGACUCCAAUCGCCACAAGCUUGAACUAGAGGGUCAGCUUAAAGAUGCUCUAGAGCGGGAACAGCAGAUCCGUGCUGGUUACAUUUCACCGCUGGAGUCACCUUUGAGUCUUGAGACAGAGCCACAGAUGAAGAGGACAGAACUGGCUACAUGUGAACGGGGCUUUGCUGCCAUGGAGGUGUCCCACCAGAAAGUGAUAGAUGAGCUGCAGAAAAAAUACCAGCGGGAACUGGAGAAGCUGCAGGAGGAUAAGGAGAGACUGCUGGCUGAAGAGACGGCAGCAACCAUUUCUGCCAUCGAAGCAAUGAAGAACGCACAUCGGACAGAGCUCGAGAGGGAAUUGGAUAAAGCACGCAAAGCCAGCAGCAACAAUGAAAACGCAGACAUUGAGGAAAUCCGCAGGCAACACGAGGAGGAGCUAAUGUCGUACCAGAGGGAGAUUGAGGUGUUAUCGGAACAGUACUCUCAAAAGUGCUUAGAAAACGCUCACCUGGCCCAUGCGCUUGAGGCUGAAAGACAAGCUCUCAGGCAGUGCCAACGGGAGAACCAGGAACUCAAUGCACACAACCAGGAGCUAAACAACAGUCUUGCAGCCGAAAUCACCAAAAUGCGCUCGAUGACGAGUGAAGAUGGUGGAGACGUUGUCAUGCAUAGCAGGGAAUUGUAUGAACUAGAGGUGAUGUUGAGGGUGAAAGAGUCAGAAGUGCAGUAUCUGAAGCAGGAGAUAAACUCUUUAAAAGAUGAACUCCAAACUGCCCAAAGAGAUAAAAGAUAUGCAACGGAUAAAUACAAGGACAUCUACACAGAACUAAGCAUUGUAAGGGCCAAAGCUGAGCGGGAUAUGGGCCGACUUCGAGACCAGCUACAGCAGGCCCAGGAAGCACUGGGGGAACCCGCACUGGAGGAUAUGGAACGCAGUGGUUACGAUAUCAUGAAGUCGAAGAGCAAUCCUGACAUUUUAAAGAUGGCGGCUGCCGCUGCGAAACGCUCUGAGCGUACCAUGAGGUCAAAGAGUCUCAAGGAAGGUUUGACGGCUGAGCAGAGACUUCACUUGUUUGACAACAAGGACACAAAGGACACUAAGGAGUUCUGAAAUUACGCGUCAACCUGCCUUGCUGCAUGUUAAUGAGACCCACUAUGUUUUAUCCCAGUAAAUAAUCACAUAAGAGACACACUGGUCACAGCAUAUAUUAAACAUGGUAUGAAGUUUAUAUUGUAUGUCUAUAGAAAGCAUUUCAUGCACUUCAGUUACUGUGACAUUGUUUUGUUAUCCAUUGCCAUGUCUUAAUGUAAAUACAUUGUUUUUAUCAUGCAUACAUGACUGUGUAAGCUACUGUUUUAAUUCUUUAGUUUGUGUGAAUCACCAGUGGAAUAAGUAAUCACGUAAUGAUUUGAGACGACAGAUUAUUGGUGGAUUAUACGCAUUUAACAAAGAGUAGAUAAAACCAUGUCAUCAGGCUCGAGUCACUCUAUAUGUGGUCAGUACGUACAUUCCCUUCAGUUUCAGUGAAAUGUGACAAAUAGUUUAAAUUACACAACACAAUGCUUGCAUUAAUAAACUUCUGACUUUUAAUAGCGUGACACCACUUUAAUGCCUCAAGUGUUGGCUUGAAAGUGUUACUUUUCCAUCUCAAAAUGUUUUAAAUAUAGGACCAUCUCAUACUAUAGUACAAUAAAGACGGUUAGAAUUGAUAUGAAUACACCUGGAGGGGUUCAUUCUGGUGUAUAUAAACAAAUUUAUAUGUUUCCAUUAUAAAAAUUAAUGGUCCACUUUAGUUGAAUGGUAGUUACAUUUUUUGGAUAUUGUUUCCUCAAGCUCAAAAAGCCUAGUGUUCAGUGGCAGUCCUUUGUAUUUAUUUAAAUGUUUUGGAUUUUUGUCUAACAUUUCCUUUCCUCUAUACAUUAUUGUAAAUAUACUGCAAAUGUACACAAACCGACAUGUUUAAUAGCAAUAAAUAUUUUUGCACCCUC